AUGGCAUUUGUGACAUUUGUCAUUGCCAUGGCUGCAAUUGGCGUUUUUUAUCUUUACGCAACCAAACCAGCAUGCAGGGAAGCUAUCAACAAUUUGUCUGUUUCGGCGUGUGAUGCAUUGCAAGGAAAAGUUACAUCGUCUUCAGGACAAAUUGUAAAGCGAGAUGCGCAAAUGGUAAAUGCUACUGCGCCAAUUGCUCAAGCAUCUUUACCAGGAUAUCAACGAGAACAAAAGAUUAGCUUGAAAUUACAUCCUUUGUUUGAUUUUUAA